AUGAGCUCCGACGACAAACGCGAUGUGGAUGCGACCACCGAAAAGCAGGCCAGAAUCUCCGAGACUGAAUCGGCCAGCGUCAGUGUACGUUCCCUGGAGCUUGCUACGGCGAAAGAUCCAAGUCUCAACCCUGGGGACUUGACCUUCGAUGAAGACACCGCUGGUGGUCUCGGGCGCCACUUGGGAGUGUUCAGUUGCACCAUGCUUAUAGUUGGGCGCAUCAUAGGAACCGGAAUAUUCUCUACUCCGUCGUCUAUUCUCGGUUCUGUAGGUUCUGUCGGCGCGUCACUCAUGCUUUGGGUUCUUGGCUUCGUGCUAUCGUUUUGUGGCCUCUUCGUCUGGCUGGAAUAUGGCACGAUGUUUCCUCGUUCGGGCGGGGAGAAAGUGUACUUGGAAGCUGUUUACAAGCGUCCUCGAUAUCUCGCAACAGUAAUAUUUGCCAUCAAUGCAAUAAUUCUUGGGUUCACUGCGUCAGGGUGUAUUGUAUUUGCGAACAAUAUCCUCAUAGCCGCUGGUCAUGCAGCGGAUCGCUGGGCCGUGCGAGGUAUAGCCUUGGGCGUCAUCACUUUCGUCACCAUUCUGCAUGGCUUCACCCCCCGGUUUGGUAUUCUGGUCAUGAACGGACUUUCCGUGUUCAAAAUUGUCAUACUGUUAUUUGUUGUCAUAUCUGGAUGGGUCGUUCUUUCUGGGCGCACUCACAUACAAAACCCUCACGCAAAUUUCCACAAUGCCUUCGUCGGUAGCUCUCAUAGUAGCAACGAUUACGCUACAGCUACAUUCAAAGUCCUCAACGCCUAUGCAGGAUGGUCGAACGUCAAUUACGUUCUGAACGAUGUCAAGAACCCCGUUCGGACGCUGAAAAUCGCUGGGCCGCUUGGCUUGGGGAUAUGCGCAACGUUGUACCUGCUUGCGAAUGUUGCUUAUUUUGCGGCCGCUACGAAAGAAGAGAUAGUGAAAUCUGGAGUAACUGUAGCAUCUUUGUUCUUCAAAAAUGUAUUUGGAACGCAGGCUCAGCGGGCAUUAUCGGUUUUUGUCGCGCUUAGCGCACUAGGUAAUGUUAUAACAGUAACCUUCGCGGCCUCCCGGAUAAAUCAAGAGCUGGCCAAAGCUGGAGUGCCUUUGCCAUUCGGCAAUCGUUUCUGGGCGUCAAACUGGCCUACUGGCAAGUCCCCACUUCCAGGUCUUAUAAUCCACUUGAUACCUUCGAUCAUCGUCAUUAUUGCCCCGCCGCCUCAAGUUGCAUAUCCUUUUAUCCUGGACGUCGAGGGAUACCCACAGCAGAUCAUCAAUGUAUUCAUCGUCGUAGGCUUGUUCUGGCUUCGGUACAAGAAGCCCAAUGCUGUUCGACCGUUUAAAGUCUGGUGGCCAAUAGCUGUUUUCUUCUUGGCAGCGGCCCUCUUCUUGAUGAUAGCACCUUUCCUUCCACCUGCUAACGGCGUCGGGGAUACGCCACCAAUUCCGUACUACGUGUACUGUCUGGUUGGGAUUGGUAUCAUGUUACUGGGCGUCGUGUACUGGGCAGUAUGGCGUGUAGUUCUUCCUCGUGUCUUCGGAUACAAUCUAGUCCCCAGGAAGGAGGCACUCGAUGACGGGACAGUGGUGACACUAUUCUCGCGACAAAAGUUGAGUUAG